AUGAGGUACCAGAAUUGGGACGUGCUCCUCUUCCCUGGUGACUCAAGGACUCCCAUACAGGAAUUCAACACCAAAUGCUUCGUGCUGAGGCAGAACGUGGAUAUCUCCUCGAGUGAUGCCACCGUUGAGAAAUAUCCCAACAAUUUCGAGUCGAUGACACUGGUUCCCAUCCUCACCUCCUUCAUUGCUAGUCUCGAGCGUGGCGCGGCAUUCCGAAUUUCAAUUCACAGCUGGGAUAAACCAACCCCAUCUCACCUCUUGCUCAGCUACAAGACCCCCGAAGAAGCAAUUCUGUUUGAAGCACGAGUGUACAUUGACGGAGUUCUCGUUGCUCAACGUGCAUUCGACGAAAAUGUGUGGCCGGAAGUCAUUGGUAUGAAGAAUAUCCCCACCCUGACGCAAACCUAUUUGGCUAAUGGCGCUCAACCCGGUUGGGAUCACAGCGAGCUCAUGGGUCGAAUCAGGGUUGUAAUCUCAGAAGGGGUUGUGAGAGACAAUACUCCCCCGGCUGCCUCCGCUACCAGGUUUGAUCGCCUGCGAGAUGUCGUUGCCUUCUCCUUUCAGCAUGCCCCUCAAGACAUCCUCGAGUACUCGGGAAUCGCAUGGCCAAGCUUCAAAAUGUUCCAAAAGCUGCCCAGCAAACCGUCGCGGCCUGGACCGAUCGGCUCUCGAGUCUCUGGUAUUUCGGGCCACGAAGCUCAUUCGCAUUCGCCACAGCGGUUACCUCCAAUAGCGUCGCGAAGUAAAAGGCUGUCGACGAAUGAAAAUUAUCAAAACUUGUUGGAAUCACAGAAGCAUUCAGAAGCCCAGCUCGAUUCGGUCAGGAAAGUCCCCAAUGUUGGUGUCUUGAAGAGCCAGUCCCCUGAAAGCCAGAUUCCCAUAAAGCUUAUGGCGCAAGAUGAUGACCCGUUCACCUCCUCGCAUCAGACCCCUACGGCGAUACAGCAGUGGCGGCUACAACUGAGGUCAACCAGUCACGACGUCUCCAUGCCUGAUUACGCGUCCAGCAAGACCGAUCGCAGCGUCGUCAAUACCGAGAUGUCCGGGGUCAGCGUCCCGCGAGCCAACUUUUUGAAGCACAUGAAUGAGGCCAACCCUGAAGAAAUUCUCCAAGCUCUAAGUCCUGCUCGUCAAGAACAAUUAUUCAAGGCCCUCAGCGCAUCACAUAGUCCAGUGGCCGGUACAGGCACUCAGCCACCAGCAAACACUCCUCGGACCACCAACAAUUUCAACACUCCGAGAGUCAUGCAUUCUGGCGGUGCCAACGCUGCCGCGACGGCAAGAAUCUGGCAGGAACCACGGCAGCGACGCCGGACAUGUUCGCUAGCUAGUUCCAGAAGCACUUCAGAGCCAGUGGCGCAGCUGAUCAAAGAACAGACCAGUCCGCGACUGCCCCGGGGACCGAAGAUCGGCCUCGAAUGGCUCAAAGCGCAAGCGGUGCUCAACCUCUCCGGGAUUGAGCUUGGGCUUCGAGAGCCCUGGAAAAAAUACCGCAAGUUCAAGCCUCUUGACUUGCCUAACCGACAAUGGCCCUCGCGGACCAACGACAAGCCUCCUCGGUGGCUGGCCACUGAUUUACGAGACGGCAAUCAAAGCCUUGUUGAUCCGAUGGAUGGUGAACAAAAACUGCGCUUCUUCAAGAUGCUUGUUGAGCUGGGUUACAAGGAAAUCGAGGUCUCGUUCCCUUCCGCUUCGCAAACCGACUACGACUUUACAAGAUACCUGAUCGAAACCCCCGGCGUGGUCCCCGACGACGUUUGGGUGCAGGUUCUGUCACCCUGCCGCGAGGACUUCAUCCGGCGGACUGUGGAGUCUGUAAGAGGAGCCAAAAAGGCCAUUUUACACUUAUAUCUUGCUACCAGCGAAUGCUUCCGCAGAAUUGUGUUUGGCAUGACUGAGGACGAGACUCUUGCCCUGGCUGUCAAGUGUACCAAGUUUGCGAGAUCCAUUACGAAGGACGAUCCCAGCCACGCAGGUACAGAAUGGCUCUACGAAUUCAGCCCCGAGACCUUCUCAGAUACAUCGCCCGAGUUUGCGGUACGAGUGUGCGAGGCGGUAAAAGAAGCGUGGGGGCCGACCGAAGACAGUAAAUUGAUUUUCAACCUCCCCGCCACGGUGGAAAUGGCCACGCCGAAUAUAUUCGCGGACCAGAUCGAAUACUUUUGCACCCACAUGACCGAGCGUGAGAAAUUUUGUGUCUCGGUGCAUCCUCACAACGACCGAGGCUGUGCUGUAGCAGCUGCAGAGCUGGCUCAGAUGGCGGGUGCUGAAAGAGUCGAAGGCACUCUGUUCGGCAAUGGGGAACGAACCGGGAAUGUUGAUCUCGUUACCCUGGCUCUGAAUCUGUAUACGCAAGGUGUCUGGCCCAAUGUCGAUUUCAGUGACAUCAACAAAGUCAUCCGUGUCUGUGAAGAAUCAACAAAGAUACCCGUCAACGAGCGGUGGCCAUAUGGUGGCCAGUUAGUUGUUUGUGCCUUCAGCGGCUCACACCAAGAUGCUAUCAAGAAGGGAUUUCAACUUCGCAAAAAGGAAGGUCGUGGUGCUGAGGAUCCAUGGGAACUGCCCUACCUGCCACUCGAUCCUCAGGAUAUCGGACGUACGUACGAAGCCGUCAUCAGAGUCAACUCGCAGUCUGGUAAAGGGGGUGUUGCCUGGAUUAUCCAACGCAGCUUGGAACUGGACCUGCCCCGCGGGUUGCAGAUCGCAUUCAGCAAGAUUGUGCAAAAAGAAGCCGAUGCCAAAGGUCGAGAGUUGCUUCCUCGAGAAAUCCAGGCCCUGUUUGAAGAAUCGUAUCAUCUCAAGAAGAAUCCGCGAUUUACUCUCAUCGACUACAACAUCACAGCUGUUCGGACUCCCUCACCAGCGCCCCAGACGAAGAUCUCGGCAGGCCAGCCACCCCAGACAGCGGCGCCGGCCCAAAAUACCUCGACUGCCAAACGACAGUUUGCAGGUAUCAUUGCCAUUGAUGGAGUUCAGCACCCGAUCGUGGGGGUGGGCAAUGGUGCCAUUUCCUCCCUCGCUAAUGCUUUACAUUCCUUGGGAAUUGAUCUUGAUGUGGCGGAUUACAAGGAGCACGCCAUUGGUGAAGGGAGAGAAGUGAAAGCUGCGACGUAUAUAGAGUGUACGGCAAGCAACUCGAACGAGAAAGUAUGGGGAGUUGGGAUACAUGAAGAUGUGGUCCAGGCAUCCUUGAUCGCGUUGUUGAGUGCAGCAAGCUCGUUCUUGACAUCGCGGGUUUCCACGCCGGUCCCUUUUAAACCCAAGCACCUGAGGCAGUUUUCUGAAGCGGAACUCGAAGCUUUGGAGCGUCUAAAUCUGAACAAUGGCUCCGACGGCCCCAACAGCCCAUUGAGAUCGUCCGUGACUGCAACAGAAGGAGGUGUUACACCGUCUAAAUUGAACAAGGAGACGAAUCCGAGCAGCGUCGCCGCGAAAAAGAUUGACAUCGACUUGCUGGAACAGAAGGCUGAGUCUGUGAAUGGGCACGUCGCCGAAUCCUAG